AUGUUCAACGCGCUCAACCGCUUCAUAUCGCGCCUCGAUGGCGAGCCCAUGCCGGCGACCAAGGAGAACCACGGGGCGUUCGGGUUUCAGGUUCUGCGCAACACCAACCUAGAGCUGGCCAUUGAGCCUUGGUUCGACUUUGUGGUUGGCAUCAACGGGCGUAUGAUUGACGACUCGGACCCCGGCCUGUUCGCCCAGGAAGUGCGCAACUGCGCGGGCAGCUCCGUCAUGCUCGGCCUCUGGAGCGCAAAGGGCCAACGCACACGCGCGCUGCACGUUCCCGUCCCCGCCAACACGGCUUCGCUCGGGCUGGCGCUGCAAUGGACGCCGGUAGCAGUGGUAUCCAAUAUCUGGCACGUACUCGACGUUCCGGCCAACUCGCCCGCCGACGCGGCCGGGCUGCUACCCUACAGCGACUAUAUCCUAGGCACGCCCGAAGGAGUACUCCACGGCGAGGGCGGGCUGAGCGAGCUGGUGGAGGACCACAUCGGGCGGCCGCUGCGGCUGUACGUCUACAACAACGAGUACAACGUCACGCGCGAGGUGACGAUCCAGCCGAGCCGUGACUGGGGCGGCGAGGGCGCCCUGGGCUGUGUGCUGGGCUACGGCGCGCUGCACAGGCUGCCGGCGCCGCUGAGCGAGCCGGUGCACGCGCCGGGAGAGACCCUGUUUGAUGGGGAUUCCGCGGGUGUCGCGGGCCAGGCCGGGUUUGCGCCGGCGGGGAGAGUGGGGACGCCCACGGGGUUCGCUCGGGGAACAACUGCCACGCCGCCGCCGCCAUCCGCAUCGGCUGAUUUCUUGGUACCUGCGCAGAUGAUGGGCGCGCAAGCUCCACCGGCCGGUGGCCCACCAAGGGGGAAGAAGAAGGAGCGGUCGCAUCACACAGGGCCGAACCUUAUGGACGAUUACUUCAAAGAGCAAGAGAAAAAGAGCAGGGAGCUGGACAAUGUGCCGAGCGGGCGGAACUCGCCGCUGCCACCGCCGCCUAAAGGAGGGCCGCCGAAGGGUGGCCCGCCCCGGGUUGGGAGUGUGCCGCCGAAGGAAGAAGGGGGCGAGUGA